AUGGCCCUGUUCCGCUCGCUUCGCCUGAGCAACCGUUACAUCAGCAGGCACGUUCUCCUGCUGCGUUUUUACCUGGCGCAGUUCUAUUACCUGGGAUUGAUGCGACUGCGCUACGAGAAGUCCCGAAACGAGAUGCGUUUGACCUACUGGAGUGUCACCGUGUCCCGGAUGAUUGGCCUGUGGUGCGCCUUCUUCUUCAGCUUGGCCCUACUGGACCCAUAUCCCUUGAUGCUCCACAUCCAGCUGCUGGGAUUCAUCUGCUAUCUGCUAAUCCAGCCGAGGAGAGUCGUGGAGGAGCGAACGAGGUUGAUGAAUAAAAUCCUGCGACUUUCAUCUAAACUCUAUCGACAUUGCCGACAAAAGUUGCAAUUGUCCUGGUCCUUGGUGCUCCAGUUGCUGAUCAAGUUGCUCACCUUCCGAAUGUUCUACGAGAAUCUUCUGGGACCCAGGGACACCAGCUGGAAACUGCUCUUCAUUGUGUUCUUCGUGGUGCCCGUUUCUCUGGCCAUUUGGGUAAUGGAUGUCACCUCGCACCUGAUUGGCAUUGUCCUCGCCCUCCUUCUCAAGUCCUUUGAGCUGGUGAACAUUGAAAUGGCAGCAAUCGAUAAGAGGCUUUGUCUGGAGAUCCUACGAUCGAAUUUUGGAGCAAUAUGAAGGCUGCAGAGACGCCAGUUCUUCCUGCAGCGACUGCACCGAUCCUAUGUUAAGGUGACCCAGGAAACGAUAGACUGUCUGAGCCCCCAGUUGAUUUUGAUCCUUCUCUAUAACAUGAGCACCAUCUAUACCUUUUCGAGUGGAGAGUGGCGGAGAAUCCUUCAGAUGGGGGUCAUCAUCAACAAUCUCAGGUCACUCCUGCACACCCUCGAUGAUCUGGUGGCCAUCAAUAAAGCUUCCCAGAAAACCUCCUGGAUGCACUUGUCUCAGCUGCUUCAGUUCGAGGAGGUCCUGGCCAGCCAUGGAUGGCUGGAACGUAAGGAAUUCAGAUGUAGAAUCCAGGGUACCGAUAGUUUUGAUCAGGACAUACGGCGCUGUUGCCUCCAACGGAGUCCUCUGGUCCUCGGAUUGGUUUCUCCCAACAGACGACUCCUGUUUCGCAUCGCCUUCGCCUUCUGCAUCCUUUUGCAUCUUCACUACAUGCUGAAGAAAUCUUCCUUGGUAGUCGAGAGGGAAAUCUUGAUCAGUAUUGAAAUCAAUCUUAAACCUAAACAUUAG